AUGUAUCCUCAUUACAUUCCCAAUGCGCGACCAAUUGACGCUGCAACGCCCUCUCCGGAUGAUACAACCAAUAGCUACGCCCAGAAUGACCAAGGUGACAACAAUGCGGGCGACAACAAUGCGGGCGAGAACCAUGCGCGCGAGAACGACAGCCCCUUCCUUGAGAACGUCCAGACUAGCCAACCUCAAGACACGGACACGGACACGGACACGGACACGGAGCCUCCGGAUGGCGACGAGCAAGACGAAUGGAGUCCGUCGACACGCCGGCCGAGUCUCAAGGAGAGCCUGAAGCGCGUGUGGGCCACCAACACUUUGAUACGACUGACCCUCGAGGCAACCCUCGCGGCCCUUUGUCUCUGCUCCAUCGUCGCGCCCAUCCUGCCUCGCUCUGCACACGGGUUGGUGCCUUCCGGCGUUUACGUGUAUUAUGAACCCCUGGCACUCUACGACGACGUCAUAGCCAUGGCCGAGACGUACGCGACGGCGGCGUACCCGCUGCUCCAGAGCGACGACGGCGACUUGUUCAAUCGGCUGCAACACGACGCCCUCGCUCUGUGCCUAGAGCUAUAUUCGCGGGCUGACAUGUGGACUCCUGAUGGCGGCCCCGUCGUGACCAAGAACAAGAUAGCUGUGUUCAUUCGGCGAAAUGCUCGCUUCGACGAGGACGUCGGGGUUGACACAUUUGAACAGGGUGAUGUCGAUGUGUGUGCCUUGUGCACUUAUAUCGACGGCACAAUCAGGCGGUCUCAAUCUUUGUAUUGGCAAGGCCUCGAGUUGUUUGCAUGGCGCUUCGAUUCAGUCAGAUUUCUCUGGGGUUUGGGAGACGUCUUAAAUCGCAGUAUUGAGGAGAACAAGGCGUCACGAGCCGACAGUAAAGCAUUGCCUUGGACAUCUUUCACUACGGUCAGACGAAGAUUCGAAUCUAUAUGGGUUAAAAUCAAGGAGCUGUCACUCUGGUCUGCAGACAGCAACCAACCCAAGACAGUCCAGGCUAUCCGCAACCUCCUCACCUCAAACACCAGUUUCGCAGCAGGCAAAUUCAGCACCAAGCCACGCGCAGACCUUUCCUCGCUUAAGACAAAGCUACUCGAGGCUGACAAGGCGCUCGGCAAGCUGGGUCACAUCGCCGAAGACGUCGUCGUCCGGUCCGUCGCCGCCGCUCCAGUCCCGUCGGGCCACCUGCGCAGGGUUUCCCACGACGAGGCCAGAAUGAUGGCCGAAAUAAAGAAUAUCUCCCAGGCCGCGUUACGUGUGCGGGAAGCCCGCGUCAACGUCCCUGGCCUCCUCGCAAAGCUAGACGCCGUGACAGCUAUGAAGGACGCCGUGCUCGGCUGCGAGGCCGCAUGGACUCAGCUUAUAGGGGAGCUUAUAUCUGCGUCAGAUAUGCCGCCGGGGGUUGCGCUCCCUGGCUCGAGAUAUGUCUGGACAGAGAGCGGGUGGAUGACGAGGCGAUCACGAGGCGAGAGAGGGCGGCCUAAUUCGUCCAAGAGCAUCGGGAUCUGUGCUGACUUGAAGGAGAGGCUGCGGAAUCUACCCGGCAGACACGAUAAGGUAGACGACGUCAACGAGGUGGACGACGUCAACGAGGUGGACGAUGUCGACGAGGUGGACGAUGUCGAUGCUUACGAUCAUAACGAUCAGGACAUGGCCGAUGCCGUGGUACUAUUCAUGCCGGAUCCUGCCAUGGUGCUACCAUUGGCGUAUGAGUCGUGGUGGAAUUGCGACUUGUUGCGGGUGAGGCCCCGGAACAACACGGAGUACGAUGAUUGA